AUGUCCCUCUGGCAGUAAGCCCCCGGCCACGCCCCCGCCCGCAGACCCCCUCCCCUCUCCAAACGAGCCCGCCCGCUUUUCCUCCCAUUCCCUAACGCAAAAGAUCUAGAUCCUACCGCAACCUCUCCCAACGCACGCGUCUCUUCGUCGGAGUCGGCAUCAUGGCGUACGCAGGCCUCGGACUCUUCCUUUCGGAUCGCGCAGAGCAGACGUUCGGUUUCACGCCGACGGAGCAGGAUCGGCAGAGGUUGCAAGAGGCUGUGCCGAGGAUUCAUGUUGUGGAGCGGGAGAAGUAG